AUGAUAACCGAUGGACAAGAGCCGUUUGUGACUGGAUUCCUCGGGAUGUCUAACGUACUGCAGAAAGAUCACCGACCGGAUGAUCAGAGCUCCUCACAAAGAGCCUUGAAGAAAGAUAUGAUGCUCGACGAGUCCCUAAAGGGAGCAGAACUCACUGGGCUACUCUUGCACGCGACAGGGAAAAUGGAAGAUUUACUGGCGCUCGCUCAAGUCACUCGACGAUCAACGGGACUACAGGUGUUACAAAUGAUGUUUGGAGUAAAAGCCGCCUGA